AUGCCCGACUCUAUGCCAACCAUCGACCAAAAUGCUCAAGCAAGUUGGGACGCUCGUCAAGACCAAAGGCUUGAUAUAGAGCUCGAAGACUAUGACGAUCCGACCCGAGGCACCAAUGCGUUAUCAAGACGGCUGGCGUUGAUGGAAAAGAUGAAGUUACUUCGUAUUCCGCGCGAUGAUUCGAGCGGCCAAGUGCCGAACACUCGACAGUCCCCAACCGACAACAACAGCAAGGGAGAGUCAUCAAGAUUCGGGAGUCUCUCAAGCUGCAACAUUGAGGAUAAAAUUGAGGCCCAACUUUGGUCUUUAGAAGCAAAUCGACUUCUUGAUAACAUGGAAGACACCGAGAGCAGCCAAAGCUCUUCAAAGAUUGCAUCAAUUGGCAUGGUACCUGGCGGAAUUACGGCCACUAGCUUCGAUCAGCUCAAGUCUCUUGCCGACCGACUAAUUUGCGCCCUCGCCAUCUAUGGUCUCAACGAUCAAGAUUCCCUUGCUGGCUUUGAAUCUUCUUACAAAAGCCGGGACAUGGUCAUAAUCUCGCAUAGUCAAAUGGUGCUGGAAGAUCUAACGAGUGGGUCUAAGAUGUCCAGAAAAUUCAACAUGGCUCGCAGAAAUGAGCCUUCCGACUCAAGAGCAGAACAGGCUAUGGAUGUCUCGCAAUCCGAGCUUCCGAGAUUUUACGCCCUGAUUGACUACAUUACGGUCACAUUGGCUAAAAUAAUGUCUUUCAACACCGAAGUGAAGGCCGGUUCCAGAUUGGGAUCUUUCUGGCAUGCCAUGAUAUUAACUGUGCUCGCCAAGUUGUCGGCUAAGAUGAAAAUUCUAGGGCACAACUUGCCAGGCUAUGCUGUAGCAGCUCUUCGCAGAAAAAGGGACAGAAUCCCCGACGUGAAGGUCAGGUAUCGAUGGCCUGAUAAAGGAAAGAUGAAAGUGUACGGUGUGGACUCUGACUCGAGAUCUUCCUAUGACUCCUACUUUGACCCUGACUCUGACUUCGAGACCGAUCACGCGGACCGAGUUGAGUUAGCGGCUCUGCCGGCUCCAGAUGGAACCAUCAGACCGGAAGUUUUGAGUGCACACACCGAUACAUACGUCAAUGCCGAAAUGCUCUGA